AUGGAGCGGGUGAUAUGUAACCCCGUGUCGGGAAAGUCCAUUACCAUAACCUUACCAGAAGUGAUAGCUAGGAGUAGUGGAAGAAGAGGCUAUUUUGGCUAUGAUCCGAUCAACAAACAAUUCAAAGUCUUGUGUCAUACUUAUGGAGAACUAGAAACCAAUGAUAGCCAGGUUUUGACAUUGGAGACUGGAAAUCUUAUAUGGAGAAGGACGAUGGAAUGCAAACCCCAUUCUAAAGGAUAUGGUGAAAUAUGCAUAAAUGGUGUUUUGUAUUACAAAGCUCACAUUGACGGAUCUUCUCGUAUGAUAGUUUGUUUUGACUUUAGCUCUGAGAAGUUCAGCUUUUUUAAGAUACAUGAAGACCUGGUACGUGGGACUCUGGUCAACUACAAAGGUAAGUUAGGGGUAUUAGGAAAAGAUAAGUAUCAACUUAUGUUGUGGGUUCUUGAAGAAGAUGCUGGACUUAUGUUGUGGGUUCUCGAAGAAGAUGCUGGAAACCAUAACUGGUGCAAACGUAUAAGCGUGGAGUUAAAAACAUGCGACGGAAUCGUGAACAAUCUCUACGUUGUUGGAAUGACUGGUGCAGGUGAAAUUGUGUUCUCUCCCAACUCUAGACCAAACCCUUUCUACAUUGUCUACUCCAAUAUCGAGAGGAAAGCUUUUACAAGAGUCUAUAUUCAGGGAUUUGAAGAGUUUCUUGAGCGCCGUUCAAUUUUCAGUCACAUCUUUGUAGAUUAUGUUGAGAAUUUUAAGCUUUUGUAA